CAGCGGCGCACCCGCACUGCUCGCCACAGCUCACCUCAGCCCAGCACACCAUGCAGCCCGGAGCCGCAGCGCUGAUCGCAGUUGCCCUGGCCGUCGCUGCCGGAGCGGUGGCCGCCAGGCCAGCUGAGACGGAGGAGCGGCCGGCGCGCAGCCUGUACCCCUUGGGACCGGGCGGCUUCCUGCAGCCCGGCGGCCCCUUCGGUGGCCUGGGAGUCGGUGGCGGAGGCAGCGGGUUCUCCAAUUCGGGCAGCCACAGCGAGAGCCAGGCGUCCAGCCAGAGUGGCGCAGGCGGCCAAGGCUUGGGCCCCGCCUCCGGCUCCUACAGCCAGUCCAGCGCCAGCUCAAACUCCUUCAGCGGCAGCGGGUAUUUCCCGUUUGGCUAAGAGGAAUGCAAGGAGGUAUAGCAGAGAUGUCUCCGGGUGCCUUAUGGGACUUUUCCUAAUGUGUGGACGUCGACGAGAUACAAAAGUGAGCAACAGAAAGCAGAAUCAGCAAACAUCUUCUGUAAUAACUAAUUUUUUAAAUAAAAGUUAAAAUUUGUCUGUAAAAA